GUUUGGUUCGCGGAAGGCAGAGCCACGACGUCAUAUCAACUUCGGGCCAGGAACCAGUUCUACACGACUCGGGUACACUACACUACGGAGGGUACGAUUCACUGCACUAAAGUAGCACAACAUUAGGAGCACUCGCCCGACGCCCUCCCUACCAGUUGGGCCGCGAUGGAGUCGCCUCGCUCACCCAAGAGGAGGCGCAUCCUCGCCUCGAUCAACCCGCCAGAGCCCAGGACCGAGGACGGCGCGCCAAAAGUUGCCAAGCGCGAUUGCACCAUGGCCCGCGCCGGUUCUACCCCUCUGCCGGACGAGUCCCGCGCAAAGGUGGACGAGACAGGCAACAGCCCACCGGAGCUGCGGGACGACGGCGCGCACUUGCCCAGGCCGACAAAGCUCCGUUUCAAGUCCAAAGCGUCCAGAUCGCGACGGCGCGAGGAGCAGCAGCAGGAGGAGGAUGAUGACUACGACGAUGAGGACGCCGACGAAGACCACGACAACCACCACCACCACCACCACCGCAGCGAUCAUCACCACCGCAGCGAUCAUCAUCACCAUCAUCAUCGGCACCGACACCGGCCCCGGUCACGAACCCGGUCUCGAGCUCGCGAUAGAGAAAGAAGAGACAGGCACGAGGACAGGGACGACCGCAGCAGGGCACAUGGCGACGACUACGAGGAUGACAACCACACGAGGGAAGAGAGACGAGAACAACAACAACAACACCACCACCACCACCACCACCACGGGCGCCAGCACCGGCGCCGGCGGCACCACCGCCACAAACACCGCUCCGCAGAGCGAGAACAAGAAGAAGACGACCCGUUCCAAGACCCCCCCCUGUCCCCCAACACGGCCUUCCGCGAGUCCCUCUUCGACGCCAUGGCCGACGACGAGGGCGCCGCAUACUGGGAGGCGGUCUACGGCCAGCCGAUCCACAUCUACGGCCCGCCGCCCGGGUCCGGGUCCGGGGGCGGGUCCGGAGGCGGCAUGCUGGAGCGGAUGACGGACGACGAGUACGCGGCGUACGUGCGGCGGAAGAUGUGGGAGAAGACGCACGAGGGCCUGCUCGAGGCGCGGGCGCGGCGCGAGCGCGAGCGCCGCCGCGCCAGGGAGGAGGAGGAGGCCGCGCGGGCGGUCGAGCGCGAGAUGGAGCGGUGCCUCCGCCGCGGCGAGGAGCGCCGCCGCCGGAGGGGGUGGCGCGGCCGGUGGGAGAGGUACCUGCGGCGGUGGAGGGAAUGGGAGAUGGGGAAGGAGGGGAAAGAGGAGGAAGGGGGCGGCGGAGGAGAAGGAGGAGAACAGUUCCCCGGGGCCAGGAGACCCGCCAUCCCCUGCUGGCCGGUCGCCGUCACCGACGACGACGACGCCGCCGACGCCGCCGAGGAAGGGGGGGAGAUACGCGGGGAGGCGGUCCGGGAGUUCUUCGUCGAGGGCAUCGGGCUCGACGAGGUCGGGGAGAGGGAGUUCGCCGCCAGGCUCAAGGAGGAGCGGGUGCGCUGGCAUCCCGACAAGGUCCAGCAGCGGCUCGGCGGCCAGGUGGACGACAGGAUCAUGCGUAACGUGACGGCGGUGUUUCAGGCGAUCGACGCAUUAUGGAAUGAUACCCGGAAGCAGCACAGCGGAUAAGGGCAAAACAAUGGAGGGCGUCACACAGGUGUCUUUUGGAAUAAUCGCUAGAGGGGACAAUUUACGGCGUUCAAGCGUCAAAUGGUACGGUACGGUACAUUUUCUUCCGAAUCCGGCUACAAACUUUUUUGUACUGGUGUGAGAAUAUAGUUAUAUAGGGUAAUGUAGUACUGCUAUACUCAAACCUUGUGGACGCGAGCGUCUCGUUGUGUCUCGGAACCAGGGGACUGCAGAUUCCCACCGACAUCAGCUAUCGAAAGAAGCGUGUAUUAUUCGUAGUGUUUCCGAGAGCUCCGAGCCC